CGUGACUCUGCACGAUGAAGCGCAAUCAAGGAGAGAAGCUAGAAGCCGUCGUCGAUCCUGUAUCCACAGCUUCUCGACUGUUCAUCGCGUGCUGUGCACACCAGACGUACGUGAUAAUCGAAGCAGCCACCAUCAUUCGAUCGUCACAGCCACCUGCCACCUCAUCCUCAAGCCAACCUCGGAACUCCUCCGGCCGCUAUUGUCUUCGUGACCUCAGCAGUCUGUCUGGCUUUGCGUGUCCAUACUCUCUCAAAAGCGGCUCGCUUGAUUCGCAGACGACCCACACUUGCCCCAGCAGCUCCAAGACUCAGUGACUAUCGGCGCAUCCUGCUCAUCCUGACAUCAUCACAAUCCCAACCCCAACGUCAAGAUGUCUACGGCCCCUCAAACCAGCGCGGUCCCGUCCAUCCCGGGUGCACCUCACCGUACAGCGUACACUGUCCUCUCGCAGACAUUCUUGAUCGAUUCGGCCUACGAGAUUUCCAAAGAAUUAGGCCAAGGAGCGUAUGGAUGUGUGGCUCAUGCGACUCAUAAGGCUACGGGUGAAGGAGUGGCCAUCAAAAAGAUUACAAAUGUCUUUAGCAAGAGGAUCUUGACGAAGAGAGCUCUGCGUGAGAUCAAACUUCUGAGACAUUUCAGGGGACAUAAGAACAUCACUUGUCUGUACGAUAUGGACAUCAUCAACCCCAACGAUUUCAACGAAGUCUAUCUGUACGAAGAGCCCAUGGAGGCUGAUCUUCACGCCAUCAUUCGAUCUGGACAACCGCUUUCGGACGCACACUUCCAAUCUUUCAUCUAUCAGACGCUGUGCGGUCUGAGAUAUAUUCACUCGGCCAGCGUGCUCCAUCGAGAUCUCAAGCCGGGAAAUCUGCUGGUGAAUGCUGACUGCGAAUUGAAGAUUUGCGAUUUCGGACUGGCUAGAGGUUUCGAGACGGAUGCUGAGUUGGCUGCCAAGGGUGGACAGCCCGCCGGAGGCUUCAUGACCGAAUAUGUCGCUACGCGUUGGUACAGAGCUCCCGAGAUUAUGCUCAGCUUCCAAAACUACACUACAGCGAUCGACAUUUGGUCUGUGGGUUGUAUCCUUGCUGAGCUGCUGGGUGGAAAACCAAUCUUCAAAGGCAGAGACUAUGUCGAUCAGCUCAAUCAGAUCCUGCACUACCUCGGAACACCUUCAGAAGAGACCUUGAGAAGGGUAGGCUCUCCAAGGGCGCAAGAUUACAUUCGCUCCCUUCCUUUCAAAGCUCGCAUUCCGUUUUCUUCCCUAUACCCAAGCGCCAACCCGCUCGCUCUAGAUCUCCUCGAGAAGAUGCUAGCAUUUGACCCCGCUAGACGCAUCAGCUGCUCAGACGCGCUUAGGCAUCCUUACUUGGCAGUCUGGCAUGACCCGGCAGACGAGCCGACUUGCCCUUCAAAGUUUGACUUUGGAUUCGAAAGCGUGGAAGAGGUGGAAGGUAUGAAGAGGCUGAUUUUGGAGGAGGUGUCGAGUUUCAGGAACGAAGUGCGCGUGAGGGCUAGAGCUCAACAGCCAAGAAGGCAGGAAAGUCUGCCUGUUCCUACCCGCGAAGAAUUGCAAAGAUCUUCCCCUACAGACCCGACAGCACCCAACUCGCACCUCAUUGGCGCUUCGUCUGGCAUCAUUCAAGGAGGAGCCACACAGGCCGGAGAAGGCAACGCGGGCCAGGUGCUCGAUGACGCGCAGAUGCUCGAGGAUCCAAGCGAGGCGUUCGAACGAGAGUUGACGAGACAACAAUGAGGUCCUAUUGUCUUUGCAGGGUGGCGAAGACGCAUCGCUUUCUUUUCCAGCACUUUGGGGCGCGAUCUCAGCGUCCAGAUGAGAACUUGUAUAUUUUGGGGCGCGAUCUCAGCGUCCAGAUGAGAACUUGGAAUGAUAUACAUUUUGCCACGUCUU